AUGGGCGCCGAACCCCUGAACGAAAAGGGCGCUACCGACGGCAGCGACGAGGCCCUCGCUGCUGCCGCCGCCAGUAAGGAGCCUGAGCCUGAUGUUCCUGAAGAGGAAGCUCCUUGGGCAGCAUACAAAAGAAUCUUCCGAUAUGCUGGUCCUGUCGAGUACUCCUUGCAAGCCAUCGCCAUCGUUGCUGCGAUUGCGUCAGGCGCUGGCAUUGCGCUCCAGAACCUCAUUUUCGGCCAAUUCAUCACCGUCAUCACCGACUUCACUACCGGUGUGAAUACACCAGCCCAAUUCAUGGAUGAUGUUUCUACCCUGGCUCUCUACUUUGUAUAUCUCGGCAUCGGCAGAUUCCUUCUCGCCUACCUCUACAACUCCCUUCUCACUUACGCCGCGUACCGCAUCAUUCGCAAUAUCCGUCACGAGUAUCUACGCGCAGCCCUCAGCCAGGAGGUCGCAUUCUAUGACUUUGGAACAGGCGGCUCCAUCGCAACCCAAGGCACCUCCAACGGCCGCCUCAUCAACGGCGGUAUUGCCGAGAAACUUGGUCUUACUUUCCAAGGGCUGUCUGCAUUCGUCACCGCCUUUAUCAUUGCAUUCAUCGUCCAGUGGAAGCUCACGCUCAUCUGCCUCUGCAUCGCACCCGCCACCAUCAUCGUCAUGGGUGUCAUCGCUACCAUCGAAGCCGGUCACGAGACGAAGAUCUUGGAAAUCUAUGCUCAGGCCAAUUCAUUCGCCGAGGGAGUCCUCUCUAGUGCCCGUGCUGUUCAUGCCUUCGAAAUGCGUGCCAGGCUUGUGCACAAGUUCGACGAGCACCUCAUCGAAGCGCACAAGGUGGGUAGCAAGAUAUCCAUCCUGUUCGGUAUCAUGUUCUCUGCCGAGUAUACCAUCAUCUACCUGGGCUUUGGCUUGGCUUUCUGGCAGGGUACUCAGAUGCUCUCGCGCGGCGAGAUCUCCUCUUCAGGCGAAAUCUUCACUGUCUUGCUUUCAGUCGUUAUCGCUGCCAUCAGCUUGACGACCCUAGCACCGUACUCCAUUGACUUUAGCCGUGCUGCAUCUGCAGCUGCUAAGCUUUUCAGCCUCAUGGACCGCCAGUCUGCCAUCGAUCCAUUUGACAAGUCUGGCGAGGAGCCAGCGGAGACUGUCGGCCUCGUCGAGAUUGAGAAUGUCACCUUCGCCUACCCCACCCGGCCGAGCACUACAGUUCUCGACAACUUCACCCUACGUGUUCCUGCUGGCAAGGUGACUGCACUCGUCGGCCAGUCCGGAAGUGGCAAAAGUACCAUAGUCGGGUUGCUCGAACGGUGGUACAACCCCAAAUCCGGUACGAUCAAGCUUGAUGGCCGUCCGAUCGAAACGCUGAACCUCAACUGGCUGCGCAAGAACGUCCGCCUCGUCCAGCAAGAGCCCGUUCUGUUUCAAGGUAGCGUUUUCGACAACAUUAAACACGGCCUCAUUGGGACGCAGUGGGAGAAUGCCCCAGUAGAAGAGCAGAGGAAACUGGUGCAGGAGGCGGCCAAGAUGGCGUUUGCGCACGACUUCGUCUCUGAGCUGCCAAAUGGCUACGAUACGCAAAUCGGUCAGCGUGGCGGUCUACUUUCUGGUGGACAGAAGCAGCGCGUUGCUAUCGCGCGCAGUGUGGUAUCCCAGCCGAAAGUGCUCCUCCUGGACGAGGCUACCAGCGCACUUGACCCGCACGCUGAAAGCAUCGUUCAACAGGCCCUCGAUAAGGCUUCCGUCGGCCGUACCACGAUUGUUAUUGCUCACAAGCUGGCCACCAUCCGCAAGGCCGAUAACAUUGUCGUCAUGACUAAGGGCCGUAUCGUGGAGCAGGGCACCCACGAGGCCCUUAUUGCUAAUGACGAUGUUUACGCCAACCUUGUCAAGAUCCAGAACCUCGCCGUCACAGACACAGACUCGACCUCGGACACGGAGAUUGACGAAGCCAACGCUUCCAAGGGCGAGGACUUGGACGUCUCCAAAUCACUGACUCGCUACGCAACAUCAGUCCAAGGGCGCAUGGAAGAUCAGAAGGAACGUGACAACUACGAUCACCACAAGCAAAAGGGCGUAUUCUACGUCGUAAUUCGACUCAUGCGCGAAUCUCCAGAGGUUUUCUGGGCGUACGUCUUCAUGAUUUUGGGCUGCGUCGGCGCUGCUGCCGCAUUUCCAGGUCAGGCUAUCCUUCUGGCUAACGUCAUGGAAGUCUUCACAUUGACCGGCGAUGCCAUGAGGAGUCGAGGGUCUUUCUACGCAACCAUGUUCAUCGUCCUUGCCGCUGGGGUGUCGUCGAUUGAGUAUUGGUUCAUGGCGUUGGGUUUCUGGUACGGCUGCCGUCUGCUGUCCCUCGGCGACAUCAGCAUGUAUGACUUUUUCGUCGCCUUCCUGGGUGUCUUCUUCUCCGGCCAGGCCACCGCCCAGCUGUUCCAGUUUUCGACGAGCAUCACCAAGGGCAUCAAUGCAGCCAACUACAUUUUCUGGCUCCGCGAAUUGCAGCCCACGGUCCAAGAAACGCCCGAGAACCACAACAACGGUCCCAGCGCUGGCGGUCCUAUCGAGCUCGACAACGUUCGCUUCUCCUAUCCUCUUCGUCCGGAUGCUCCCGUGCUCAAAGGUGUUGAGAUGAACUCCACAAUGAUCGCCAUGCUUGAACGUUUCUACGAUCCGACGACCGGCACGCUCAAGAUUGCUUCCUCUCCACUGCCCACUCUGAACCCAAGGCUCUACCGUCGCCUCGUCGCGCUUGUACAACAAGAGCCGACGCUGUUCCAAGGCACGAUCCGCGAGAACAUUGCCCUCGGCCUGGACGAUGACCCUUCCGAUGCCUCGUCGGAGAAGACCGCGGCCGCAGUUCCUGACUCUCGAAUUGAGGCAGCCCUCCGCGCAGCCAACGCGUGGACCUUUGUCUCGUCGCUGCCACAGGGCCUCGCCACUCCAGCCGGCGCCAACGGCACGCAGCUGUCGGGUGGUCAGAGGCAGCGCAUCGCCAUCGCGCGGGCGCUUCAUUCGUGA